AUGGCUCAAGGACUGGACGUGAGAUCGUUAAGCAGUGCCAAAAGUCCACCGAUUGAUUCGAAAACCGGAGGAGAAUCUAUAAAAAGAACGCGUGGAGUUGGAUCCCGACGAAUUUUUUCUCCCCAUUUUAAGCUUCAAGUUUUAGAUUCGUAUCGUUACGAUGCGGAUUGUAGAGGAAAUCAAAGAGCGACCGCCCGGAAAUACAAUAUACACAGGAGACAAAUACAAAAGUGGUUACAAUGCGAACAAAGUUUAAGAACAAGUGUCGAGAAAAGUGUUAAAAAUGAAAAUUCGAAUUUCGUACCGUUGAAACCGUCGUCGAAGAAAAUCCUCAUCGAUGAUGUUAAAACGGAGUCGUCGUCGUCGUCGUCAAUCACGUCGAAGCAACAAACCGCCAUACAAUUUUCAAGACUCGGCCGAAACGCCGGUGACGAUGACAAAUUAAUGGCGGAUGAAAAAAUCCAUGCCAAGACGAAAUAUAAAAACGAUAAUAAUAAUAUUUACAACGGGGUCGAAGACUCGAAAAUCCAAGUACAAAAUCUUAAACGCGUCGCUCAAAAAUUAUAUCCCUCAUUGCAAAACGUGUCUUGUCUGACGGAAGACAAACUAACAACAACAACAACCAACUCCGGUAGGAUUUUGGACAGUGAAAAAAAAUAUUUUCAUACGGAUGAAAUCCCUCGUUCGGAUAUUUUGCCAGAAGAAUUUCCCGCUCGGAAAAUCCACCACGAGGAUGGUUUACCAGAGGACAAGACUCACAAGUUAAAAAUAAAAGACGUGGUGGAUAACUGUCAAUCCGGGUUAACGUGGACGACUAGCGAAAACAUUUGUGGGCCGAAGUUGUUGUGUUCUUCCAACGCGUCGGUUCUCAAAUGUCCAGUACAAAAAAACAACAUGGGCGACACCGGAGUGCAAGAAAUGUGCGUCUUAGACACGAAUAAAAAUGUAUUACUUUGUUCGCAGAGUUUUUUUAAUAAACCGGAGUCAAACUGUCUGCCCGAUGUUUCCAUUUCUAAAAUUGAAUCGUCGUCAAACGACGUUCGAUCGAAAAUUUUAAAUUCAUACGAUUGUACAAAAUCAUUUAGUCCGAAACGGAAAUGGAUAAAAGAAUCGAUGCAAGACAUGCUCGAAGAGGAUUCCGAACCCCCCCAAGAAAAUCCCUCCUCCCUCCCCAUCAAACAAAGAGUCAAAAUGAAUUUACGUUCGAUACCGGAAUCGUUUCAUCAAAAGCCUGAUGAGGAUGCCAUCAAAUCAUCCCGAGGUUCGUCGUUUUCAAAUUUUACCAUUGAAAAAAUUUGCUCAAAGGAAACAACAAAGGAAACGUCGAGGAGACCAUCCAUCAUAUCCUCCUGCCACGGUGAUUUCUCACAACCUUUUAAUUAUUCUUGUCGCCUUCCUCCACCUCUGACCACGUCUUUGUCCACUUGCGUGUCACCCGAUGAUGAAAUGCCACCGUAUGGAGAUGUGGAAAGGACUCUGAUGACAUCAUACGACUCGUACAAUUAUCCACUGGACGUAUCGUUGAAAGAAGAAAAAAUAUCCGACGGCGAAGACGUGGACGUGGACGUUUUGAGCACGACUCCCGUCGAAAAGAAAUCAUUCGAUUUUACAAAUUACAAUUUUGGUAAAAGGCGUUCGUUUUCCGUUCAAUUCAAAUUGACCGUUCUCGAUGCUUUUUACAACGACAAAGACUGUAAUAAAAAUCAAAGGGCGACGGCGAGAAAAUUCAACAUAAAUCGUCGUCAAGUUCAAAAAUGGUUGAGUCAAGAGAAUGAUUUGAGGAGCGAAAGCUCAUUGAAAAAUGGAAAAUAUUUGCAGAGGCAAAGGUUGGCGAGUGGAGACAACAGGGAUGCCUCCGACGUGAGUUGCACGAGGUGUCCUCAACAUUGCUUCUUGGGUAGAAACGAUGAUUUGAUGUCUUUCGACGACACGAUUCAAGUCAACGUCAAACACUGUUCGGACGACGAAUGUUUCGCGAGGAGGAUGGGGAGGAGGAGCAGGAGUAUGAUGAGGGACAAGUUGGAUGCGGCGGGAGGGGAAAACCACGGGAAAACCGCGAACCUGACCGGCGGUGUUGAAUAUUACAACAAGAACGCUCUGUUUCCAGGUGACCUCAAAACAACGACUUACUACCAAAAUUAUUUUUAUCCAGAAAAUAAUGGCGGAAUGAUUUAUCACCACGAUGCGAUUUUCGGUUGGCCCCAUCAUUUAAAUUCUAGUGCCUUAGGAGUGCCAAAUUUUCAAUCGUGCCUAUCCACGUGGCAUCACAACAUUGAUUAUUGUCACGACAAUCCUCCAAAAAUUUAUUAG